GUAACUAUCCGAGACUAUGAUGAUGAUCGUCCAAGUAAUUGGUCUAACUAUGCAGUUGCUGUAUUGCUGCCUACGAUUCCUUCUAAGAAAAGGGGUAACUCUGAUGGACUUAAAUACUUCAUCUCCUCUCUGUGAAAAAGAUACAUUAUCAUCAUCCUCAACACACUCCGGAUUUCUUGUAUCUAUCAAUUAUAAACACACUAUCGAAACCAUGAGACUUAUUUCUCUUCCAGUCACCCUUAGUAUUGCACUAGCAGCUGCUAUUGAACCUCCAGAGGGUCAUCCGUGGCUAGCCCCAGGGCCGAAUGACUACCGUGGGCCAUGUCCAAUGCUUAAUACAUUGAGCAAUCAUCAGUUUUUGCCUCACGAUGGUCGGAAUAUCACGAAAGACACUCUCAUUAGUGCCCUGUCCUCGGCUCUCAACUUCAACGAAUCUCUCGGCGCGCUGAUGUUCGACACGGCUAUUAUAAUCAACCCAAAUGCCACAUUCUUUACUCUGGACCAGCUUAAUAAGCAUGGGAUCCUUGAGCACGAUGCAAGUCUGAGCCGCUCAGACGCCUUCUUCGGCAACAACCAUGUCUUCAACGAAACCAUUUUCAACGAGACGAAAUUAUACUGGACCGGCGAGAUCCUUGAUGCGAACAUGCUGGCAAAUGGCAAGGUUGCCCGUCAGCUCAGCUCCAAAGCCUUCAACCCCAAUUACACAUUCACGUCUACGGUCGAAAGCUUUAGCCUUGGCGAGGUUUCUGCUCCGAUUAUUGCUUUCGGUGAUCUAGAAGCAGUGACCGUUAAUAGAACUUUGGUGGAAUAUUUCUUUGAGAAUGAACGUUUCCCCACCGAGCUGGGAUGGAGUACACGGACUGAAAGUGUCACCAUAGAUAAGAUUUUGAGAUUAUCACAAGCCAUCGGCAACGCCUCAAACCUCAUCACAACCUCUAAGGCAGUCGUUUCAACUCGGCGACGAGAUCUACAUGCUGGAAUCUACUAGUAACAAUUGACAUUUGAUAGAUACGGUGUUAGUAGUGUAGCUCCUGAUUGUAUGAUGGGUUUUUAUUGUUGGAGAUCCUUUGUAAUUACUUCCUGUUAAGUUCAUUAGAUUAAAUUGAGAGAAGAACUCCGCAGAAAAUAUUAUAUAGCUCA